GCCAGGACAGCUGGGUUCAUUUACCCUGGGAUCGCUGAGGGUGAACCAUUCCAAAACACGCAAACUAUCUGGGGACUGUGAAGCCAACAUGAGCAGUGGGUGCUGUGUAUUUGUCCUGUUCUCCCUCCUCCAUGUCUCGCUGAGUGUGGAAAUGACAGGGUUAUAUGGCAGCUUCACCUCACCCAACUUCCCCCAGCCAUACCCUGACAACCAGCUCAUAGCGUGGAACAUCACCGUCCCAGAUGGCCACAGGGUCAAACUCUACUUUAGCCACUUCAGCAUGGAACCCUCAUACCAGUGUGAAUAUGACUACAUCCAGGUUUUGGCAGAGGGCAAUGAAACCUUGCGGUUCUGUGGCGAGGGAGAGAAGAACUAUGAAAGCACCCCGAGGAACACCAUCAUCCUGUCAGCCGGGAACCUCAUGUCAGUGGUCUUUAGGAGUGACUACUCUAAAGAGGGCCGAUUCACGGGCUUCCAAGCAUUUUACACCGCAGAAGACAUUAAUGAGUGUCAGUCCGAGAUAGACGGGGAGAAAGUGUGUGAUCAUCUCUGCCACAAUUACAUCGGCGGAUAUUAUUGCACAUGCAAACAGGGAUACUUUCUCCAUGACAACAAAAGAUCCUGCACAGUGCCUUGCCACAGCCAGGUGUUGACCAACCUGUCAGGGGUUCUGACCAGUCCAGGCUACCCGAGCCCGUACCCUCCCAUGAGUGAGUGUGACCACACCAUCCGUCUGCCGGAGGGCUACAGAAUAUUCCUGGACUUCCUGCAACCCUUCGAUGUAGAGAGACACUCAGAUGUCCCUUGUCCAUACGAUAUGCUGAAGAUUUCAACAGCUGGACAAGAGUAUGGACCCUUCUGUGGAUCAGUGCCACCAGGUCGCAUUGACACAGGAAGUUACCAAGUGCAUAUUUCGUUCAGAUCCGAUCCCAGUGGGAAAAACAAGGGAUGGAAGAUCAAGUACACCAGUACCAAGAUUAAAGCCUGAUGGCUUGUUGACAUAAACGUUGGAUACAGAAGGACUGGGAGCAACAUUAUCAACCUUUUCUGCUCCAGCUUUAUGUUUUUAUUUUUAUCCUUUAUCAACUCUUUCUAUCUUGAUUUCAUGAUUAUUUCUGCUUGACCUCUGACAUUACAUGAAAGGAUCCCCAUGAAAGGGUGGUGGGAGGUGGCAGCAGUCAGUACCACACAUCUGUCUUACAGUGUAGGUAACUUAUUCACAAUUUUGGGGCCUUGUCACCCCCAAUCAGAUGGGCUGUUCCAACAUCAAGUGCGUCACGGCCACAAGUAUUUUUUUCCUAUAGUCAUACUCUGCCUUUUUCUGCCUCUGAUUGGCUUACCCUAGUGUUCUUACCCUAAUCCUAACCAAUCUCACUCCUCUUGCCGAAACCUAAUCAAACCAGCCAACAAAUGGAAUAAAUACUGGCCAACCAGAGGGAGAGUAGGAAGGAUCAUGGGAAAAAAAACUUUCUUUUUUUCCCCCCACAAUUUUUUCCCACAUUGCUAGUGGUAGCUUUGCAGCCCAGUAGGUGGGCCAGCCCAUCUGACAUUUGCCCGACUUGCCAGAUUGCCAGUCUGAGCAUGACAGUAUGUGUACCUAUAUGCUAUCUGAAAAUAUUACACAAGGACUUUCACAUCGUAGCAACCUAAUAUAAUUAACCCUUCACUAAGCCCCGCCCCUUUGUGAUGGUCCGUCAAGCUGUCGGAGUAAGCAUGAAGCCCACACUGUAACUAACUGCACAAAUUUUAUCA